UGGAAGAUGCCCCUAGAGAUGGUCAAGCAGGAGCCGAGUUCUGGUGCUUGGAGGAAGUGAGACUGGGCGGCGAGCAAAUGCUACUUCCUUGCGCCACAGUAUUGGGUCCUGGGCCAUCCUGUGCUGGGUGCCCUCAGGGGACACAGGCAACACCCAGGGAUUCCCACAAGUCUCAGGCCACAUUCUCAGCUUCCUGAGCUCCAGCUCUCACCACUGACCCGGCCUGGGACUGGGGGCUGCAGAUGCUGAGCUGGGCUGUGGCAGGGCUGGGUGACACUCCCUGUCCUCCCCAGGAGCUGUUCAAGACAGUGAUGCCCCACAAAUUCCUGGACUCCAUCUGGUCCCAGUGUGACAGGGGCAAUAAGCACCUGGAAUCCACCAUCCAUGUCACCACGACCCACUUUAACAGAGUGGUCGAAUGUAUCAUCAGCACCUGCAUUGGGGACCCGAGCAUGACUGCCCAGGACAGGGCCAGGGUGGUGGAGCUCUGGAUCCAGGUGGCCAAGGAAUGCCACGGCCUGAGGAACCUUUCCUCUCUCCACGCGAUCUUCUGGGCUCUGGAGGGCCCCUCCAUUUAACGUUUAAAAGAGACGUGGAGACAGGUG